AUGGCUGGGCCACGCUCACUUCUCGACAUGGCUCUCAAGCUCGCCAUCGACAAUGCUCAGGAUAUCACCUGCCUGGACGACGUGCCACCAAAAAUCGCUAGCCAGAUCCUCAAAGCCGUCAGAACGCCAGAGCACCUCCGCACAAUUGAACUUCAUAGCGGCGACGAAAUCUACGAGCUGACCGCCGAAUCCUGGCGUCGUUUCAUCGAACGCAAGUACGGACUUCUCCACAACAAGCACCGAUGGGAACCAAGCAACCCCAAAUCAUGGCACAAGGUGUAUGAGAAGUACGGCAAACUCCAGAAGGAGUCAGACGAACUCGCCACAGAGGCUCUCAGAGCGAAAAUGGCCGCCGUCAACGAUCAAAAAUCCUCGCGCACAACCACCAUUGUGUCUGCCCAGGUCGCUCGCAAGCUGCCAGCCCCCAAGGCCCGUACUUUCGGACCCGGCUUCCGUGGGUUCAGCACCUCCUCAGAUCCGCCCAUGAAAAGAGCGACGUUCCUGCAAAAGGCCACUAGGGAGGCGAAACUGGAUGCUCACCGCCGCAAGCUCGCCAAGCCCUCCGUCAUGCUCAUGGCUAGGAAGACGGAACUCACCCGGGCUCCUGACAGGUUGAUCGAAGAGAAGCGUAUUCAGAACCAGUUCGACAUCGAUUCUGCCCCGAUCAUCGAGGGCCCUCGCAUCAGACCCGCAACAAGCUCGCGACAACAGAAAGACCAAGAAGCUCGCCUUCUGCAGAUCAAGAACGGAGGAAAAAGCGGCAGCUCCGGCCAUGCUCCUAACGUGUUGAGCUUCGACGAUGAUGAUAACGACCACCAUUACGACAACAGCCGCCACAACGACAAAGGUGCCUCAGGCGACGACAAAGGUGCCUCAGGCGACGACAUGGAUGAUCUCUUUGGCGACUUAGAUGACGAAGACGCUCGCAGCCCCCCUUUGAAGUCGAAACGUGGUCUUCUUUCCGCCAGUCCUGGUGCCAACUCCCAACCACGAGCCGCUGCUGCCAGUGCCAAGCCCGCCACUACCAGUCGGCCGCCUCCAGCUUCAACAACAAAUGCUGGCCGUUCAUCAAAUAUCGGACGUUCCCAACCUGCGACAUCAUCAUCUUCCGGUAGGCGCCCCGAAAGCUCGCCUGGGGCUAAGCGCAAGCAAGUCGACAUUUUCAUGAAGCCUGCCAAGAAAGUUCGUCGUGUUUGAGGGGAGGAUCUCAAAGGAUAGGGUUGUAGUCGGGACUUGAGGAUCCUCGUGUGGUCCUAGAGGAGGAUUUUGAACGAGCGGGGUUAUGAUUGGGGAUAAAGGAUCUAUGGGAGUUAUGGAGUUGGAAAUGCUUAUUGGAACUGAGAUGGGAAGUUACCUGCUUACACCGAAAGAUAAGGGACGGGCAUAUAAUGUGAAGGAAGUUUCUGGUGUCAUGUCUAGGGAUCAACAUAUAUGGCGUUUUCAGCGGUUUGAGAUCUUUAUAGGAACAGGGGCGUUGUUUUCGGGGAAUCUGACUACGGAGCGCAAUGGCUUGAGCCAAAUUUAGGGUGGGAAAUGGACCAAAAGCGAGGUACUUGCUCUUCCGCGCGACAAUAAAACACGUUUUGGUGGACUC